AUGGAGAAAAAACUCGCAGAAGCAAAAUCCAAGAGUUCGGUUCGGUUCAAUCAAUUUAUCGAUUGGUCCAGCGACGUUAUCAAUAAAACAACGGGGUACGACCAAAUCACGGAGAUGGAAAAGGCAGUGAUUGAGUCAGAACGAACCUUUGAGAAAACUACGCAAGAGCUGAGAGAUCUAAACGCUUCUUAUAUGAAUAAGCAGCAAAAAGUGAUGCAGCUGCAAUUGGAACGCUCAGGACUCCUGGCAAAGCCCAAACGAACCACCGAGGAAAACAAGCGUCUCGCCGAAUUGGUAGCCAACGAGAACGAAUGGGAAACUCCCUUAGAGAGCCUUCGGAAGGACUACCAAGAACUGUUUGAAACGCAGAAGAAGCAGCUGGAAGACUACAAAGAGAAGAUUUACAAGCGAUAUUAUGAGGAACGAGCGUGGGAACAGAAGAUUCGAAGACUGGGUCAGUAUUCGUAUAUUGCAAUGUUGUUUUUGAACGUCCUCACAUUCUGUUAUACGCGAUACGAUCGAAAGAGAAUUCGAAAAAACAUGGAAAACACCAUUUCGUCGAAUGUAGCGUAG